CAGCUCUCUUGGUGUUUUGUGGUGAGCCCAGCUGAAGGGCUGUGACGACUGGAACGCUCUGAGCCUUCACUGCACCAGCAACGGGAGGAGGAUUUGGCUCAUCACUAAAGCUUCAAUUAGAGAGUGGUAUAAUUGCUCUGUUGUUCCUCCUAGUCUGCAGGAAGGCACAGUACCAAUUGAUACUUUAUUGCCUGCUCUUUCACAAUGAAGGCCAUGGAGGAUCAAGUAGUCCAAGAAGAAUCUGGAUACCAGGAUGAUGAGGAAUCCUUUUUUCAGGACAUUGAUCUGCUACAAAAGCAUGGGAUUAACAUGGCAGAUAUUAAAAAACUGAAGUCAGUUGGGAUCUGCACUAUCAAAGGAAUCCAGAUGACAACAAGACGAGCACUGUGCAGUGUAAAAGGGCUUUCAGAGGUCAAAGUGGACAAGAUUAAAGAAGCUGCAAAUAAGCUGAUUGAGCCAGGCUUCCUAACUGCAUUUGAGUACAGUCAAAAACGGAAGAUGGUAUUUCAUAUUACUACUGGCAGCCAGGAAUUCGACAAACUUCUAGGUGGUGGGAUUGAAAGCAUGGCAAUCACUGAGGCCUUUGGAGAGUUUCGGACAGGCAAAACACAGCUGUCUCAUACCCUUUGUGUGACAGCUCAGCUGCCGGGGCCCGACGGCUACACGGGUGGAAAGAUUAUCUUCAUUGAUACUGAAAACACUUUCCGACCAGACCGCCUCCGUGACAUUGCUGACCGUUUCAACGUUGACCACGACGCAGUCCUUGACAACGUGCUCUAUGCACGUGCAUACACGAGUGAACAUCAGAUGGAAUUGCUUGACUAUGUAGCAGCCAAGUUCCACGAGGAAGCUGGUAUCUUCAAGCUACUGAUCAUUGACUCCAUCAUGGCACUCUUCCGUGUGGAUUUCAGUGGUCGUGGAGAGCUGGCUGAACGGCAACAGAAACUCGCUCAGAUGCUGUCCAGGCUCCAAAAAAUAUCAGAAGAAUAUAACGUGGCUGUGUUUGUGACCAAUCAGAUGACCGCUGAUCCAGGAGCAACUAUGACCUUUCAGGCAGACCCAAAGAAGCCCGUUGGGGGCCACAUCCUUGCUCAUGCUUCAACUACCCGAAUUAGUUUGAGGAAAGGGAGAGGGGAGCUGCGUAUUGCAAAGAUAUACGACAGUCCUGAGAUGCCUGAAAACGAAGCCACAUUUGCAAUAACUCCUGGAGGGAUUGGAGAUGCCAAAGAAUAGGCAGAAAACUCAUGUACAUCAGCUGUACAUGCAAACGUACAGCUGAUAACCACCAAGGCAGUUAGUUGGGAUGAAGAUUUGUGCAAGGUUGCUGUCUCCCCGACUGCAUUUUUAUCUUCUUGGAACAAUUUGAGAGGUUUUGGGAUAAACUGCGUGCUUCGGUGUUAUUCAUCUUAACAGAAGUUGGUUCAUUUUCAAUUGACAAUAAAUAGCUGAUGGAAACGGCAAUGGCAGGAGCAAGAGCCCAGGAACUUUGUGGAGUUUCACGUACAGAAGGAUGGAAAAUUAAAAAUGACCUGAAAUACUUUCAUGUUGACCAGAUUAUUUAUUAAUGCACUUUUACUUUUUGGAGAGAAUGACCUCAAGUUUACACAAUAAUAAAGAUGUAACAUCAG